AUGGGUAACACUGGUGAUGACAGAUGUGGUGACACUGGUGAUGACAAAUGUGGUGACACUGGUGAUGACAAAUGUGGUAACACUGGUGAUGACAGAUGUGGUGACACUGGUGAUGACAAAUGUGGUAACACUGGUGAUGACAAAUGUGGUAACACUGGUGAUGACAAAUGUGGUGACACUGGUGAUGACAGAUGUGGUAACACUGGUGAUGACAAAUGUGGUAACACUGGUGAUGACAGAUGUGGUAACACUGGUGAUGACAAAUGUGGUGACACUGGUGAUGACAGAUGUGGUAACACUGGUGAUGACAGAUGUGGUGACACUGGUGAUGACAGAUGUGGUGACACUGGUGAUGACAGAUGUGGUAACACUGGUGAUGACAGAUGUGGUGACACUGGUGAUGACAAAUGUGGUGACACUGGUGAUGACAAAUGUGGUAACACUGGUGAUGACAGAUGUGGUGACACUGGUGAUGACAAAUGUGGUGACACUGGUGAUGACAGAUGUGGUGACACUGGUGAUGGCAAAUGUGGUAACACUGGUGAUGACAAAUGUGGUAACACCGGUGAUGACAAAUGUGUAACACUGGUGAUGGACAAUGUGGUAACACUGGUGAUGACAGAUGUGGUAACACUAGUGAUGACAAAUGUGGUAACACUGGCAGAUGACAAAUGUGGUAACACUGGUGAUGACAGAUAUGGUAACACUGGUGAUGACAAAUGGGUAAACACUGGUGAUGACAAAUGUGGAUGUGGUGACACUGGUGAUGGCAAAUGUGGUAACACUGGUGAUGACAAAUGUGGUAACACUGGUGAUGAUAAAUGUGGUAACACUGGUGAUGACAAAUGUGGUAACACUGGUGAUGACAGAUGUGGUAACACUGGUGAUGACAAAUGUGGUAACACUGGUGAUGACAAAUGUGGUAACACUGGUGAUGACAGAUGUGGUAACGCUGGUGAUGACAGAUGUGGUAACACUGGUGAUGACAAAUGUGGUAACACUGGUGAUGACAGAUGUGGUAACACUGGUGAUGACAGAUGCGGUAACACUGGUGAUGACAAAUGUGGUAACACUCGUGAUGACAAAUGUGGUAACACUGGUGAUGGCAUAUGUGGUAACACUGGUGAUGACAGGGAUGGUAACACUGGUGAUUACAGAUUUAGUAACACUGGUGAUGACAAAUGUGGUAACACUGGUGAUGACAGAUGUGGUAACACUGGUGAUGAUGUGGUAACACUGGUGAUGAUGUGGUAA